AGCAGCUUGGCUAAGGCACUAGAGAGUCAAGUGUGAGUUCUUCAAUUGGAACUUUUGUUUAUGAUCGUAGAAAUUCAAUUUUACGACAGCAGAACAUUAAGGGUUUUUCACUUUGUUGAGAUCGCUCGAACGAAAAGGAGCCAUUCAAAUUCAAACAGCGAUGCCGAGGUACUAUUGUGACUACUGCGACACCUAUUUGACCCACGAUUCUCCAUCUGUAAGAAAGCAGCAUAAUGCAGGUUACAAACACAAGGGAAAUGUGAGGUCCUACUACCAGCAAUUUGAAGAACAACAAACCCAAAGUUUAAUUGAUCAAAGGAUUAAAGAACAUCUUGGGCAAACUGCAGUGUUUCAGCAGGUUGGUGUGGCUUACAAUCACAUGGUGGGUCAGAGGCCUUCCUUUCCUGUCUUGCCACCGCCAAGAUUGCCUAUUCCUGGAAAUGCACAAGUUCUUGGAAAUCAACAACUAAUCCCGGGGUUCCGACCUCUUUUGCCUAGACCAGGAUAUCUUUCUGGACCACCAAUGCCACAAAUGGUACCUCCACCUGGUGCUCCCUCGUUUCCUGGUCAAGCAAAUACCUUACCCAGACCCCCUACAUUAGCCCCCCCAUCAAUGGUUCCUGGAAGCACUGCAACACCAGUUUCCAAUGGUACUCCUUCCAUGGUUUCAUCAGCAGUGUAUCAAGCCAAUCCAUCAGCAUCAUUAACUGGAGGUUAUGAUAGUUACAAUGCCAACACUCAAGCACCUGAGGGCAAUCACUGACCUGGUCAACCUAGUAUGCUCUGUUGUAUGGAAUUAUCUAAUGCAAUACUUGCUUACAAAAAGUUUCAUCGCAUUAUUCUUUGCUAUUUUAUAUUGGCAACUGAGAGAAAAUAUAGUAUUUGCAGGGAUUCUAACAUUAGUUUGAUUCCAUAUACUCUCUGAAUAUUUCUAUUUCUAUCUGUCAUGGUUGUCAUUUGACUAGAACUAUUCAUGGCAGUUGACGAUCAAAUGAGGACUCUCACCUACCAUCUUAUAUUUCGACCCAUCAUAUUUUGAUAUUUUUAGUAUGUAGGGUGUCAAGCAACAUGAAUUUUGGGAAAAACUGUAUGAGUUACUAUUCUCGAUGAAAGAAUUCAUAUUGAGUUGCUAGUUGCUUAGAAUUUUUCGACAUAGCUUUGUUGUGCAAUUAUGUAUA